AUAUAAUAGAAAUAAUAAUAAUUCUGUUCUUAAAUACAAUUAGCUCAGGAUCAUUCAAUUUAACGUGGAAUAAGAUAUUUCGGUUAAUGAAAAUUAACACCGAAUAAAUGGGUAAAUAGUAUCUUAUCGAAAUCAAAAUAAAAACAUGAAAGUUGACUGUGUAAGGAAUCGAUUAUCGAUCGUUUUUCGAAAAUUAGGAAGAUUAAUCGGACUUCAUCCUUACUACUUUAUUAUUAUUCCUAUUUUAAUAACAGCGUCAUUUUCAGCCUUUAUCUUCAAUAUAAACACUAUCUCAAAUGUAAUCGAACUGGCAUUCGCAGAUUCAGGAAAAGUCUAUAAUACUAAGAAGUUCAUUGACAAAACAUUUCCUUUUAAUACAUCGAAAUUUUUUGAUCCGGCAAGAUAUACACACAUACCGAAUUUUGUGUUUGUGAUUUUUACACGAAAAGGUGGUGGAGACAUGCUCGAAAAAGAUGUGCUGCUAGAAAUAAGUUCGGUGGAUCAACUAAUUAAAAAUAUAACAAUUCAUCAUGAAGGUGUACAAAUUGGAUAUUCAGAUAUUUGUGCACGUGUACGUGAAAAAUGUUUUGAAAAUCCGAUUAUUGAAAAAUUUUCCGAAAUUGACAAUAUAGUGCAGAGAAAAAAGAAAUUAAAGUAUCCGGUCGACAUAGAUCCGUUGACAUACUCAUAUCAAAUUUAUUCUCUCAACUUUGGAGCUGUAAUCGAAGAUGAAAACGAUUUCAUUCAGACAGCAAAUGCUACGAGAUUAAUUUAUUUCACUGACGACAGCAACAAGAAAAAACACGAUAUGAUUAAAAGAUGGCGAACAGAAGUAUAUAAUCGAAUUAGAAAUCAUCAAUUUAAACAUCUUAUGUGUUUUAUUGAUAACUACUGGUCAAUAGAACAGCAAAAUGUGCAUUUAGUGGAAAAUAUAAAACCUAUGAUUGGUGCUCCAAUUGCAUUUAUAUCUGUUUUCACUGCUGUUAUGUGCAUGAGCAACAAUUGGGCAAAAAGCAAGCCUCUUCUAGGUGCAGAAAGUGUCGUGUCGGCUGGUCUGGCAGUGGUCUCUUCUUUCGGAUUCAUGUCGGUUGUCGGUGUACCAAAUAGUAUUUGGAACAUCACCAUUCCGUUUUUAGUUCUCGUGACAGAGAUCGAUGAUGCCUUCGUAUUGUUGGCGUGUUGGAGAAUAUCAAACCCCAAGCAUAAAGUACACAAACGCAUGGAAGAAACAUUCGGUGAAGCAGGAAUUUCUAUAACUUUAACAUCAUUGACUAAUCUGUUAUCCUAUUGUGUUGGAAUAAUGUCAUCUUUCCCUCUUAUAAAAAUGUUUUGUUAUUAUUCCGCAACCAGCAUAGUGUUUACGUUUUUGUAUCAGAUAACGUUUUUUGCAGGGUGCAUGGCAUUAUCAGGACACAGUGAAGAGAAACAACGACAAAAUACAUUUCGUUUUAAUUUAGAAGAUAUAGAAUAUUCUACUACAGAAGAAGAAACGUCUACUGAUGAGCCAACGAUGGCAUUCUUUCGAGACAAGUUGGGGAGAAUUCUAUGUAUCAGUACAAUGAAGAUUAUAGUUAUCAUAGUUUACUUUCUGAAUUUAUCAUUUGGAAUAUGGGGAGCCUUAACUAUAACACACGGUAUUAAUUACACUAAGCUAUAUCCACAAAAAUCGGUAAUAACACAGGGUAUAAGAUUAUAUUAUAAUAGUUUCAGCCGUUAUGGGUUUCCGUACCAAAUAGUCAUUAAUAGCACACUUGAUUAUUCAGAUUUAAAUGUACAGAGGAACAUAGAUGAAUUACUUAAAAAAUUCGAAAGUCUUCCACAUAUUGCAGAUUCUCGAUUUACAGUAUCUUGGUUAAAAUAUUACAAAGAAUUUCAAAAUCACCCGCUGGCUAAAUAUUCAUUACGAGGAUACAACAUGUCGGUUAAACAAGAUUUCUUGGAUGGACUUCGCAAUGUUUUCCUGAAAUUUAAAUCAGCGGAACAAUUCACCAACGAUAUCGCCUUUAAUUCUGAUGGAUCCGAUAUUUUAACUAGCAGAUUUUAUAUCCUUGUAAAUGAUACGUUAAGUCAAGCAGCUGAAAUGGAAAUGUUAAAAACUCUGUGGAAAAUUGCUGACGAAUUUGAUUUUCCCGUUCUUGUUCAUGCAGCAUUAACUUCUCUGUACGAACAAGGAAUUAUAAUUGGACGCACAAUUAGAGAUUUAUUUUGGAUCACUUCACUAUUAGUUAUGAUUUUGUGUAUAGUUAUCAUACCGAACAUUGUCGUUGCUUUUCUCGUAGCAAUAUCGGUAACAUCCACCAUUGUAGAAACUAUAGGAUACAUGUCACUUUGGGGAAUAAACAUGGACAUUUUUUCAAUGAUGAGUCUAAUAUUAUGUGUCGGAUUUUGCGUCAAUUAUCCUGCUCACAUGUCUUACGCUUAUAUUUUUUCUUUGUAUCAAAACCCGAAUGAAAGAAUGAAAGAUAGUCUGUAUCGUAUCGGCUAUCCAAUAUGUCAAGGAUCUCUGUCAACAAUUUUAGGAAUUUUAUUUGUAUACAGAGAUAUGUACGCAUUAAUUGUAUUUGUGAAAAUAGUAUUUCUUAUAGCAAUAGAAACUGCAUUUCAUGCAUUGAUGUUCAUUCCUGUUGUUUUUUCUUUGAUCCCUCCAUUUUUUUUAGUUAAAGCUAAUAACAAAAUUUAG